GUAUUUAUGUGUUCAUGUUUCUAAAGAGGACUUCUCUGACGUCAUGUAGCGUGAAGUCGUCGCUGUCCCUUUAACCAGCGGACCUACGUCAUCAGAGUGCGCGCUCUCUCGGAGCUGGCAGAUGCCUCUUCACAACAGCCAGCCGUCCACCGGAGCCCCGUUUCUCUUCUCCUGCCGGAGACGUCGUGUUACCUGGAGAGCUGCGUCACGCUGCAGAUGAAGAGCAGCUUUUGGGAUGCCAAAGAAAUUCCAGGGCGAGAACUCGAAGGCGGCCACGGCCAAAGCCCGCAAGGCGGAGGUGAAGGCCGCGGCCGACGCCUGCAAGAAGCAGCAGGAGGAGGACGCCCUGUGGGAGGAGACGGACAAACACGUGCUGAAGAAGGGCCAGAGGAAGGACGACAAGGAGAAGAAGAGGCUGGAGCUCCUGGAGAGGAAGAAGGAGUCCCAGAGACUUCUGGACGAGGAGACGCUGAGCAUCAAGGGCCGGCCCCUCAGGGAGGGGGGGGGCAAGGUGACCCGGGCCCAGAUCGAGGAGGUUCUGCAGGAUGAGAUCCAGCAGCAGCAGGAGCUCAAGACCAAAGAUAAGACCCCCCUGGAGACCCCCCUGGAGGAGAACGUCAACCAGAUCCUCCCGGAGGAAGGAACCAUGCAGGCCCGGUCCAUCGAGGACGCCAUCGCCGUGCUCAGCACCGGGCCCGGGGAGCUGGACCCCCACCCUGAGCGGCGGAUGAAGGCGGCCUUCCUGGCCUUCGAGGAGGUGAACCUGCCGCUCCUGAAGCAGGAGAACCCCAACAUGAGGCUGUCGCAGCUGAAGCAGCAGCUGAAGAAGGAGUGGAUGAAGUCUCCAGAGAACCCCCUGAACCAGCGCUUCUCCGCCCCCCCCCCCCACGGAGGCUGCCAGUGGAACAUGUAGUGAUUUAACGUGGAGGUGGUUGUUGCUCCUGUCGGCCCAUCACUCUCCUCCAGAGGACUGUUCAGACGCUCCUCCUCCUCCAGUUCAUUUGUUACUUUAAAUCACUUCUGGUCGGAUGUUGUGAGAGAAACUUAUUAAAGUUCCCCAUCGAGUACCGAC